AUGACCGGCCGCGCCCAGUCCAACAAUUGGGACCGGUCUCCGCCCUCCCGAGGCAUAUGGGGUGAGUAUAACAAGAGCCACAUAGUCCCGUACGGGCCCCCAACUAACACAGACACCCCAACAUGGUCCCGAGCCCCGUCCUUCCAACAAGAACGAGACCUGGCCCCCGGUGGCGUGGGCCGCAAAAACUCGCAAGGAGAAGAAAUCAACCCCGCAUACAACCCCAUCCGAAGCGGCUCCUUUUCCGGCGGCAUUUCCCUCAUCCGCUCUGGCAAUGAUAUCCGCAGAGACUCCUCCAUGCUGCCACACCCCGACCACCAGUUUGCCUCCAAACACUUCAGCUUCAACGACGUGGAAAUGCAGCGGCCCCACCUACAGGCCCCGGAAAUCUUCAACCCGUCUCAGGCCCACGCGCCCAUCCCUGCCAGUGGAAGCUCAUUUUUGUCCCGGUUCUCCAACAUCGGAGACGCCACAAGAGACGCAGAGCUCAACCUGGGCUCUCGAAAGGCUUCACCCGAAGACGCUUCUGGUUUUGGGCUGGUUUCUCGACGAACUUCCACCUCGUCCGCCAGCCCCAUCUGGAACAAUACGGGUUCUCCUCCUGCCCAGCAGACCAAGCUGCACAUUGACGAGGUCACGGACCAGAUGCAGACCUUCACUCCGUUUGUGCCCUACGAGAGAUACUAUGACUACGGCGCUGACAUGGGCGCUGCAGGUACUGGUGUAGGUGCAGGACUGCCUAAUGUUGCGGGUGUUGCUCCCAGUGGUCUUCCUGCCUCUGGUGCUCCCAUUGGACCCGCUAGUAUGACCAUGGGAGGCAUGCCCAGCAUGGGAGGCAUGCCCGGCAUGGCCGGACUCACGCAGUCGCCACAGGCUCCCACAGCCGCUGUUUCCAACGGCCACGACUUUUAUGGCUUCCGAGGCAGACCCUCACCCCGCAAGUACGGCGUCAAGGAGUUCUUCCCCAACGGCUUGGACGACGAAGUCGAAGUAUCCAAGAAGAAGGGCUCUCCUGAGCAGAUUGUCGCGAAGCCCGUCACUACGCGCACCCCUACUAAUAAAGCCAGUGUGGUUGCUGCACCUGAGGCUGACAUUGCUUCUGUUCCUGCAACCACCGCGGUGCCAACCACCCCUACUCCUCCCCGAGUUGAGUCCCGAGACACCAACAGUGCUGCCAGCGCUCCUCCCUCGUCAUCGUCGCGACGAAAGCGAGAUGGCUACCGAUCUCCCCUGCUUGAAGAGUUCCGAAACAACAAGUCCAAGAAGUUCGAGCUCAAGGACCUCCAGGGCCAUAUCGUGGAGUUCAGUGGUGACCAGCAUGGAUCUCGGUUCAUCCAGCAGCAGCUCGAGUCUGCCAGCGGUGAGGAGAAAAGCGCGAUUUUCGAGGAAAUCCGUCCUUCUUCUCUGCAGCUUAUGACCGACGUGUUUGGCAACUAUGUGGUCCAGAAGUUCUUUGUGCACGGUAGCAACGCCCAAAAGGCUGUUCUAACCAAGCAGAUGGAGGGUCACGUGCUCAGCCUGUCGCUGCAGAUGUAUGGCUGCCGUGUCGUCCAGAAGGCCAUUGAGUACGUCGACACUGCCAAACAGGCGCACCUGAUCAAUGAGCUAGAUAAGCAUGUGCUGCGAUGUGUCAAGGACCAGAACGGAAACCAUGUGAUCCAAAAGGCCAUUGAGAAGAUUCCCCCUCAGCACAUUCAGUUUAUUAUCAACGCGUUCAACGAGCAGGUGUACCAGCUGGCCACACAUCCUUACGGUUGCCGAGUCAUUCAGCGAAUGCUCGAGCACUGUGAAGAGGCCCAGGCGGCCAUUCUGGCCGAGCUGCACAACUACGCCUACCACUUGAUCCAGGACCAAUAUGGAAACUAUGUGAUUCAGCAUGUGUUGGAGCAGGGCGCUCCUGACGAUAAGGAGGCCAUGAUGCUGGUGAUUAAGCAGCACGUGCUCAUCUUCUCGCGACACAAGUUUGCGUCCAACGUUGUGGAGAAGUGUGUCAUCUACGGUAACCGACGGCAGCGUCGGGCUCUGAUUGAAGAGAUUGCCACCGAGCGGGAGGAUGGCACUCUCCCCAUUACCGUCAUGAUGAAGGAUCAGUUUGCCAACUACGUGAUCCAAAAGCUGCUGGAUGUCAGCGAGGGAGAGGAUUUCGAUCUUUUGGUGAGCAUCAUUAAGCCUCAUCUGGCGUCGUUGAAGAAGUACAGUUACGGCAAGCAUCUGGCUUCCAUCGAGCGUCUAGUUCUUUUGUCCGAAGGUGGCGAAUAG